AUGUCUUUGCCCGCCACCCAGAAAGCAGUCGUCAUCCAGGGCCCGGGAGUGGCCAAAGUCGUGACUGACCGACCCAUCCCCAAGCUUCGUGAUGGCUUCAUCCUGGUCAAGACGGUGGCGGUUGGCCUGAACCCCACAGACUGGAAACACGUCGAUUACGUAGUGAAGGAGGCCGGCCCCGUAGUCGGCUGCGACUAUGCUGGAGUUGUCGAGGCCGUUGGCGCGGGCGUGACGAAGCCGUUCAAGAAGGGCGACCGGAUCUGCGGCAUGGCCCACGGCAGCAAUGUUGUCCAACACGAAGACGGCAGCUUUGCCGAGUACAUUGUCGUCAAGGGCGAUGUCCAGAUCAAAAUCCCCGACAAUCUUAGUUUCGAAGACGCCGCGACUGUUGGCGUCAGUGUCGUCACGGUUGGGCAGAGCUUAUACCAGGCCCUGGGUCUUCCUCUCCCCUCCGAGCCCGCCAGGGACGCGGCUCCCAUCUUGAUUUACGGGGGAAGCACCGCAACCGGCAUAUUUGCCAUCCAGUACGCCAAGUUGUCCGGGUACAAGGUCAUCACCACUUGCUCCCCCCGCAACAACGACCUGGUCAAGGCUCUUGGCGCCGAGGCCGUCUUCGACUACAACGACCCGGAGUGCGCGGCCAAGAUCCGCGCCUACACAAAUGACUCGCUGGCCAUUGCUUUCGACACAAUCUCCUUGGCGGACUCGGCCAAGAUUUGCGAGGGGGCGUUGGCGUCGUCCCCGCCUCCGGGAACUACUCUCAGAUACCACGCUCUCCUUCCCAGGACGACUGCCCGCAGUGACGUUACGGACACGCGGUCCUUGGCUUACACGGCAAUUGGGGAGGCAUUCAGGUUCUCCGACGGGCCCAAGCCAGCUGUUAAAGAAGAUUUUGAUUACGCCGUCAAGUUCUUGGACUUGUCGCGAGAGCUGCUUGCGUCGGGGAAGCUCAGGGUCCCGCCGGUGCAGCUGGGACAGGGUCUGGAGGGCGUGCUGGACGGUAUGCAGGCUUUGAGGGAGAACAAGGUCAGCGGCAAGAAACUAGUUUACAAAGUGUAG